UGGGAAGAAUGUCCCUUACAUUGGGGGUCAGUGGGAAGAAUGUCCCUUACAUUGGGGGGUCAGUGGGAAGAAUGCCCCUUACAUUGGGGAUCAGUGGGAAGAAUGCCCCUUACAUCGGUGAUCAGUGGGAAGAAUGCCCCUUACAUUGGUGGUCAGUGGGAAGAAUGCCCCUUACAUUGGUGGUCAGUGGGAAGAAUGCCCCUUACAUUGGUGGUCAGUGGGAAGAAUGUCCUUACAUUGGUGGUCAGUGGGAAGAAUGCUCCUUACAUUGGGGGUCAGUGGGAAGAAUGUCCCUUACAUUGGGGGUCAGUGGGAAGAAUGUCCCUUACAUUGGGGGUCAGUGGGAAGAAUGCUCCUUACAUUGGGGGUCAGUGGGAAGAAUGUCCCUUACAUUGGGGGUCAGUGGGAAGAAUGCUCCUUACAUUGGGGGUCAGUGGGAAGAAUGUCCCUUACAUUGGGGGUCAGUGGGAAGAAUGUCCCUUACAUUGGGGGUCAGUGGG